UACAUAUGUGCGUCUCAUGUUCCAGUCGCUACAGUUGAAAGUUAUUUCGCAACACCUGGUUUUGUUUAUUCACAAGUGAUCCAGCAUGGCUGUACAUGAAAUUCUCCUGGAGCACUUGGAGGAAUUGGAAUCUGAGGAGAUGAAAACUUUUACAUGGCAUUUGACUCAAGGUGUAGAAGACUUCUCUAAAAUCUCUAAAAGUCGACUGGAGAAUAAAUCCAGAUGUGAAGUUGUGGAGUGCAUGAUUGAUAAUUAUCGUACAGAUGGUGCCGCUCAACUCACUCUGAUCAUCUUGGAAAAAAUGAAAAAGAACAAUCUUGCUGAACAACUGCUGGCGAAGCUUCGUGUGAAUGGUCAUCAGUGUACGGAGGCCUUGCAGUCCAAAUGUACUAAUGAGACGUUUUCAACUCAGAAACAAGAGAGAUGCAAAUAUGGUGAGGCGUCAUUGGACACUAGUAGUCCUGAUUAUGUGCCUUCUGUGUUUGUGUCCACAAAACCGAGCCAGAACCCCGAAGCAAAGUUGGAGAGGUACCAUAGGAAAAGGAGGAGAGAUGAUAGACCUAUAACGGCAACAAAUCUAUGUGUUUCUUUUAAAACUCUGAAACAAGAAUGCAGCAUGGAUCAUUGGCCAGUCAAGAAACCCGCCGCUGCUAAGAAGCCCAAGAGUGCCGCGACUAAGAAACCUGCCGCCAAGAAAUCUUCCAAGAAGGCGAAGAAACCAGCAGCCGCUAAAAAGGCAAAGAAAAGACCCAAGAAGGCAAAGAAACCAGCAGCCGCCAAGAAAGCAGCCAAGAGCCCCAAAAAGGCCAAAGUUGUCAAACCCAAAACGGCAAAGGCUAAAGCAGCCAAGCCUAAGAAAGCAGCUCCCAAAAAGAAGUGAAUGAUCUCCGAGUUUCUUCCUCAAAACGGCUCUUUUAAGAGCCACAUUUUUGUAUUUUAUAUAUAUUUUGUGAUGUUUUAUACGAUUGGU